UUCAGUAGUCGCGGGAAUUAGUUCACCACCAUGGUCAGCGACCGGCUCCUGCUCGCCGUCUACUUUUCCGUCUUACUCUCCAUGGCUAUUGGCACCGAGAGCUCGGAUGUGGAGACAAGAGCCCUGCGAGACUUCUACUCCAAAAAUUCUUACCCUUCCAGUGAAAAGGAACUGCUGGGAGCCCUGCACGAGGUGCUGAAGAAACUACAGACUAAACGGCUUCCAACCUGGGAGAAGAAGUAUGGACAAGGGCCGCAGUGUUAUAUUGGGGAUGUGUGUGCGGUGAGAAAAGGACCCAGGAUUUGGAGAACCUGUAACUGCCAGAAUUCUAAAUGUAACUACUUCCUCUUUAAAUGCGUGUAGAGAUCUGAUAAAAUAAUUUCUAUUUUCAAUGGCUAAAUGAAUAAAAUUAAGAGAUCUGGUGGACAUAUUAUAAAUAAACAAGAAGUUGUUACUGUGCCACUACAUAGAACUGUUCCUGUACAAUUUGUUCUGUGUGUAUG